UGUUGAAGUCUUUACAUACUCGAAAGAAUCGUCCGUCUUCUGAGCUUUAAUUAGAGAAAAUUACUCUUUUUUUAUCAUCGAGAUAUGCUAGAGUUAUGGAUGGUGUACAAAGUCUAAAGUUACAAAAUGUUGAACAGAGUUUGGACAAGAUUUAUACUUUCUUGGUUCCAUGUCUUCCACUAGCAAAUGCUCAUGCCACAGAUUUUAUAACCAACAAUUACUGGGAUACACUGUUACCUACAGGAAUCAGGGAACAACUUAUGACUUUAUCCAAACAAGAGUUAGGAAAUCUGCCUUGUCAUCUCUUAAAAAGAAGAAACACACAAGAUGUUGAAGAAAGUAAUUUUACUGAAAAACAAACUAAACAUGUAGAGGACUCUGACAUUGCAAAGGGCAGAGAUAUAACGCAAACUGACAAAUGCGAUGGAAAAGAAUUUUCAUGCAAACAGAACUCUGACAUUGCUAGUGGUGCUAGCAAGUCUGAAGAUACUCAGAUACCCUAUAUGAGUAUAGAUGAUUUUCUGCAAGCUGCAUGUUUAAGCACCAUAGAAGGAACAAGAGUAGUUAUAGCAACACAGGAUGUUUUACAUGGUAUAAAAGGUGACAAUGAUGAUGCAUUUGUAGGAACAUAUAUGAACCAGAAGAAAUGCCAUGAGGUAGAAAUUAUGUCAAAGAUAUGUGCAGCACUUGCUCAAUGUUCCAAGUGUAAAAUGGUUGUUGAUUUUGGGAGUGGCAAAGGUUACCUAGGAAACAAUCUAAGUUUACAAUACAAGCUUCCAGUCCUUGGUAUAGAUGCAGCAUCAACCAAUACCCAGUCUGCCAUGAAACGAAACACAGUGUUGGAUAAACAGUGGAGCAGUCUAGCCAGAAACAAGCAGCUUGAAUCAGAUGGCAAAAAACUGACAAAAAAGGAGAAAAAGAAACUAAAACUAAAUGAACAAUACAGGCAAAAUAAUGAGAUUAAAACUGAAAACAAUAAGGAGUAUUUAGUUGCUGGUGAAACAAAUAAUGUUGAAGGUAAUGGAACUAAAAUAGACAAUAUAGUUAAAGCUAAUGGUGUGAUAAAGUCAGACUUUAGUGAAAAAUCAUUUGACUUUUCCAGAAUAAACAUAGGUGAAACAGAUAAUGCUUCUAAUGAAGUAAAGUUUGUACCUUGUACAACUUUCAUUGAUAAAGAGACAAAUUUCAUAAAUCUUGCUAAAAUAAAUUUUCCAGAUCUUUUUGUAGAUGAUUUUAAAGAUAACCAUGAACAAAGUUUAACUGAUAAUUUCUGCUAUGAAAGAUAUGUUUCAUCAGGAACAACAGUAUUGAAUAGUCCAUCUGAGAAAUGUAAUACAUGUUAUAAAAGAUCUUCUGAUGUUGAUAAAUAUUCAAACAGCUGGUCAGAUGGUAAUAAUUCUAGGGUAUAUUCAUGCUGCAAGACAACUGAUGAUAACAUUGAUGAUAAAAGAACAGAAUAUUAUGCUAAUGAUAAUAAUUCUAAUGCUAUCUGUAAAGAUGGUGAUAAUUUUGCUGAUGUUAGCAUUGCUGAUAAGAGUGAAAGCUUUGAGAACAAGUCUGAUGAAGGCAAACCUGAUUCAUGUGGUGCAUGUGAAGAAACAGCAGAUGUUAGUAAAUCUGGUGAUAAUAAAGCUAGUGGUAGUAAAACUGGUCAAAAUAAAGUUGACAUUAGUAAAACUGACCAAAAUAAAGUUGACAUUAGUAAAACUGGUGAAAAUAAAGCUGAUGUUAGUAAAACUGGCCAAAAUAAAGUUGACAUUAGUAAAACUGGUGAAAAUAAAGCUGAUGUUAGUAAAACUAGUGAAAAUAAAGUUGACAUUAGUAAAACUAGUGAAAAUAAAGUUGACAUUAGUAAAACUGAUGAUAAUAAAGCUUAUGUCAGUAAUGAGUUUAGAAUGAUGUUGACAGGCCUACAUACAUGUGGAGAUCUGGCUAGUACAUCAAUAGAAAUGUUUGUACACAGUGAUCAGCUUAAAGUUCUGUGCAAUGUUGGCUGCUGCUAUCAUCUUAUACAUGAAAAAUACCUUGAUGAAGAUAUUGGCAGCUCACAGAGUGGUUUUCCUUUGAGUAGAUUUCUGAAUGAGAGACAAUUCAAACUUGGGAAUACAGCAAGAAAUUUAGCCUCACAGUCAAUACAUAGAAUAUGUGACUUUGACAAGUUACAGGGCGAGAGGUUUUAUCCCAGAGCUUUGUUAGAGGUACUGAUAAAGCAUGAAUGCGGAGGAAAUGUUGAAAUGAAAGGACUAAGAAAACUGGAGCAAAAAUGUCAAACUACACAGGAGUAUAUUAGAAGAGCAUGUGGUAAAUUAGGAUUAUCUGAUAAGGUUACAGAUGCUAUGAUAGACGUCUAUAUCAGGAAUUACAGGGAUGAGCAGCACAAACUUGCUGCAUUCUUCCAGCUGAAAGCUGCACUAGCACCAUGUAUAGAAUCCCUUAUCAUUUUAGACAGAGUCUGUUAUCUUCUUGAACAGGAUGGGAUAGAGAACGUAUUCCUUGUAAAGAUGUUUGAUCCAAUCAAGUCACCAAGAUGCUAUGGAAUUAUUGCAAUAAAGUAGUAUUCCUUCUGGGAUUUGAAAUGAACACAAACAACUUAAUUUUAUAUGGUGGUUCAUCAUAGCUUCAUGCAUGGUAGAGAAUAGUGUAUCUAAUCUUAUUGAAACAUAAGAAAAAAUUGAAUAUAAUCUUCGAUAUAUCAGGGAUAACCCUACUUAUGUCCACCCCACAAUUAAGACUCAGUAUUAAGUACAUAUUAUUUCUGUAUUUUACAAAUUGACUUUAGUCACAUGAAGGUUGCCUUAAAAACAGACUUACUCUAUUAAAAAUUUGUACAGGCUUACAAUGUUACAUUUCAUUGGUCAUUUUCAAUAUAUUUGUAUAAAAAUGUCUGAAAUUACUUCUAUACAGCUCAGUAUACAAAGCAAGACUGGUCCAUUUUCAAUAUAUUAAAUGAAAAGCUUUUCUGGACAGUUCAGUAGGCUACUUAAAGCAGGGUUUGUCCAUUUCACAAAUUUUACCAAGGUAAUAUAAAAUGUUGAAUUAAUGAAGCUUCAACACGAGGUACAUAAUUAUUUAGAUUUGUCUUGAACUCAUUUUUUGAGAAUUUCUAUUUGUUAAAUUAUGAAAUUUUGUUAUCUUUGUGUAAUGAAGCUUCAAUAUGGUUAUAUAAUUAUUUAGAUUUUUCUUUAACUUAUUUUUUGAGAAUUUUAAUUUGUUAGGACUAUGAAAUUUGGUUAUCUUUGUUUAUAACAAUUAGAAGUUUAAACUGAACAGGAUUUCUAGGGGAAGGUUGGGAUAACCAAGUGAUAAAAUUUCAUUGAUAAUAAUAUACUUUAUUUAUAAAGAAUUUUAAAACCAGUAUAAGUGAAUUGUUUACUUUGUUUACAUUUUAUGUGAUAGAAAACUUCUUUUCCUACAGAUAUAUUG